UAUUCCUAUGGCGUACUUUGAUUUCCUUCACUGUCCUUAUUUUUUCAUAUUUUGUCCACGGUGCGCCUUGGGGAUUAACUCCGAGCCUGUUGACUACUGCGCGACUCCCGCGGUGCUUGUUACCGUGCUAAGUCCCCACGCGAGCCCCGCCUGCCCCGGGCAGGGCGCAGACCGUGGCUCGCUGCGAAGCCACUGGCCCAGCAGCUGCUGCCACAUAAUUAAUCUCCUUCUUCUCUUUGUUGGCGACGCCAGGAAGGAGCCCAGGGACGCGCGCACGCUGGACGGGCCUCUCAGGAGCCGCAUCCCGGCCCCGCGUAAUCACUGCUCUCGACCGGCUCCCAAUUCUGCCUGGACCCCGGGUUCCCCCGGACCAAGGCCUGGGGUGCGAGGACGGACGCCCACACCCACCCAGGACCCGAACUCCCCGCCGCUGGCGGGCGCAGCGCCCGAGCUGCCCUUGCGCUUCCUGCCGCUUGCACCCUCUGCGCUCUGCCCGGGGUCAGCCUGAGCUCCAGCUGAGGUGUCCCCCACCCCAGGUGACCGCCCGCCAGCCUGCGCCAUGGUGGACGUGCUGGCCGGGCGGCGCCUGAUGACCCGCGAGGGCGCUUCAGUGGAGGCCGAGGCGGCGCUGCAGAACAAGGUGGUGGCUUUGUACUUCGCGGCGGCCGGGUGCGCGCUCAGCCGCGACUUCACGCCGCUGCUCUGCGACUUCUACGCGGCGCUGCGGCCGGCGCCCUUCGAGGUGGUCUUCGUGUCUGCGGACGGCAGCGCGCAGGAGAUGCGGGACUUCAUGCGCGAGCAGCACGGCGCCUGGCUGGCGCUGCCCUUCCACGACCCCUGCCGGCACGAACUGAAGCAGAGAUACAACGUCACGACCACCCCCAAGCUUGUGAUCGUGAAGCAGAAUGGGGAGGUCAUCACCCACAAGGGGCGGAAGCAGAUCCGAGAGCGGGGCCUCGCCUGCUUCCAGAGCUGGGUGCAGGCGGCCGACAUCUUCCAGAAUUUCUCAGGGGUUCCGCUACUUCCAGCAGCACCACAGACCAGCUGCCCCGCCGUCAGCCUGUGGCCUUGGGUUCUGUUUUUCAAGGUGAACUCUAACUACGGGCAAGAUGACAACUCACCAUGACACCAGGGACCCUAAGCCUGCGGAGAGGAGCAGCUUGUAGCAAAUCCCAAGAGAACCCUGCUUCCUUCCGGCCAUCGCCACCUCCUCUGAGCUCCACCUGAGUGCCCUACUUCCGUUAUCCCUCUCGGGGCUCAGGAAGAACAGUCUCCCUGUCCACAGGCUCUGUCCCUGCAGACUGAUCCAACUGUGGGUCAAAAGUAUUUGAGAAUUAGAUGGGCGUGGUGGCUCAGGCCUGUAAUCCCAGCAUUUGGGAGGCUGAGGUGGGAGGAUCGUUGUGAGUUCGAGACCAGCCUGGGCUACAAAGUGAGCUCAAGGUCAGCCUGAACUGCAUAGCGAGACCCUGUCUCAAAAAGCCAAAAAAAAAAAAAAAAAGUAUUUGCGAAUAGAAGAACACUGAGUUCAUACUGAACACCUUGAGACCAGUUACCAUUAUUCCCUGAACGGCAAAACUGUUCCUGUGACAUUGGCACUGCGUUGGGUGUUACGAGUGAUCUAGAGAUGCUUCAGAUGUACAGGAGGAUGUGUGUAGGUGAAACGCAACCACCACCCCGUUUUGCAUUAGGGGUGCAAAACUCGAGCGUGCAUAGGCUUUGGGAUUUGCAGGGCAUCCUGGAUCCAGUCCCUCAGAUAAUGGGCCUUGACUGGGAGCUGCCGGGUUCUCUACCUGCACUUGAGCCAUAUCUCAGUAAAAAGAGAGUUUUGGUGGAGAAGGGGAAGGGGGCUGUGUGCAGGAAGCAUCCUAAGUGAGAACAACAUGGUGGCUCUGGGAAGCUUCUGGCCCGUCUUGGUCUUCACAGAUGCUUCUCUGCAGGUCCCUGGCAACUCUGGGGUUCACUUCCCGUCUUUAGAGAAGCUUCUUCCAUGCAGCUGGGAGGAUUCCUGGCAGUUGAUCGGUGCUCUGGAGCCGAGGACCCCAUCAGCCUCCAUGGAAGAAUCGGCACCCGGCCUUGUGCUGUGGGGGUCCUCCUUGCCCUGCACCCUGCCUGUGAAUCAGAGUCUGUUCCAAGUAGAACCUGGCCCUCCUCUCAGCCAGCUGUACUACUGUAUGUUCUGUGAAACCAGAACAUUCAUGCAUGUCUUUGGCAGACAUGUUGCUUUAAUGGAGAGAUCAGAAAGGCUGUCAAGGGCUCCCAUCUACCAAGUGGCGGCAUCAGCGGGGCAGAGCAAAUCUAUGAAGGCCUCAAGCUGACUGCUGGGCUGAGUGGUUGUGCCACGGUUUUCUUCCAUCCCCUUUGGAAGAUCAGGGUCGUCCCCAGGGGUGAGAAGAAGGUUCCCCGGAUCCCCCGGCCACAAUGCGGGGGUCUUUAGGCCUGAGCAGGAAUGGGGCUCUUGGAUGCUAUGUGUGGACUCUAUCCUGAGAUGGAUUUCCAGGACCUCCUGGACUCUGGGGGGACCACUGAGGGUCCCAGCUACUCACCAGAGAGCUCCAGCUGCAAGGCACCCCCACUUUUGGCAUAUCACAUAUCAGAGGUGCUGAGAUAGAGCUGCUCUGAUGCUUCAGGACAGCAGCUGGGAUUUGGUGGUUGAUACAUUGUGUCACCUUGAGAAGUCUGGAAGGUUAAGGAAGUGACUCAGCAGGGGCCAGGGUUCUCACUUUGUAAACAUCCUGAGCCUGUGCAGAGGAGGGCAGGCUGAGUGCUGCAUCCACCCUGGGCAGGGCGUGGUAGCCUGCCUACACUCUAAGAGAGGCGAGCUCUCCCCCACUACUUUUUACUCUGGCUGCUUUUGCUGUCUUCUGUGGCCUUAAGGUGUUGCCCCAAGGCAGUGGUGUUGGUGGAGUUUGCUGGCGGUUUGAUCACUGCCACAGACUGAAUUCCCAAGGCCUGGCCUCCAGGGACUCUGGAGAAAGGAUCUUUGGAGGUGCUAAGGUUACAGUGGGGUAUAGAGGCAUGCCUUUGUCUAGAGGCCUGUAGCCCAGUGCUGUAGAUCCAGUUGCCUGAGCUGAGGUGGGAAGAUGGCUUGAGCCCAGGAGUUCGAAGCCAGCCUGGGUGGUACACAGUGGGCAGAAUUCUGUACUCACAGCUGACUCUGGGGUCUUGGCAAGGCCAACACAUGGCAGAGGACAAGGAUCCUAUGCAGCAGGGGAUGUUCCUAGAACAAUGUGUUGUCUUUCUUUUUAGGAAGAAAGUUCUGGCUGGCCUCGAACUCAUGGUGAUUUUUCUGCCUCCGCCUCCCAAGUGCUGGGGUUACAGGUGUGAGCCACUAUGCCUGGCCUUCGUAUGUCGUAAUGUUUUCUUUUCUUUUUUUCCUUUCUUGAUGUUGGAGACUGAACCGAGGGCCUGGGUGAGGGAGGUAAAGGUAGAACUCCACCACCACCUGUUUACUUUCUCUCUUUUUGAGAUAAGGUCUCACUAAGUUGCCAGGGCUGGACUUGAACUUUGAUCUUCCUGGCUCUCAGCCUAACAGGUAGCCUGGAUUACAGCUGAUCUGAUCACUUCCCCAAAGCCCAUUGGCAGCCUGAAGUUCUACACAGUGAGGCCCUGGGGGGUGUUUUAGAUAAGGGCUUCAGCAGGCUGCGGUGCUUUCCCCCUCUGAGGGCCGGAGGAGGAAGGCUGACCUCAGGCUGGGCUGAGGCUGCCGGCCCAGCUCCAUCACUGAGUGCUGGGCCUGCAAGGGGCUGUGCUAGCUCCUGUGGAAAUCCUAUUCAGGGGGUCUCAGGGCAGCACCGACUUUGGACGGACGCUGAGACGCGACGGGAGGCCUGGCCAUGCUGUGUAGGGCACCCUGGAGCACUGCGACCCUGGCGGCAGUGCCCACACGGGGCCCUUGCAGCCAGCCUCGUGACCGCCUGGAACGGAACGCAGGUUUAUUAAGACUGGGGGAUGCAAGGCACACUGGGCCCCAACUUCCAAACCGCCAUGAGAAAUGGCCCUAGGGCCGUGGUGUGCACCCCGGACCCCUGCUGCCCCAGGAUGUGGAUUCUGCCCCAGGAUACGUGCGGAGGGCU